UCUCACAAGGAUCUCUCACUCGGUCUCUUUCUUGAGUCUUGGCACCCCUUGUCGAGAUCUACAACCGCAUUCAAUUUUCGUCAAUUGUGUAGUUGCAGGUGCAUGUUCAAUUGGAUUCAGGAAAGCCCGGCGUUGAAAAUAUGAAAACAUAUUGCAACGGAUCAGUCUUCCUUGUAAAAGAUGAGGCUUCUGCUCUUGAUAGCCGGAAUGUUUCUGAGUUGGUCGUCGAAAAAGGCCUUGACAUUGUUUUGAGACGUAAUGAUAUCAAGGUUGCAUCAAACUAUUGCGAUAACCUUUGUACUACAAAGUCAACGAAUUCUGGCGUGGAUCCUCCAGUCAUAAUAGACUUGUCAAAUGCAACAUGGGAGGAAGCUGGUAAAGCCUGUGAUCAUAUAUUUUUAUGGGCCUUUGGUAAAUACCAGAAAGUUGAGGGUAUUGUGGAAUCUGUUACCAACAACAAGAAUAAGAUUAUACUACUGAUUCAACGCAAAGAGAAAACGUGGAAGAUUCCCUUCUCACUUAAAGGUGUGACAUGGCCCAGAGGUGAGGAGCCCUAUGCAGAUGAAGCAUUUGAACUACUGAGGCAAAGCAUAGUUGAUAAAAGGGUGGAGGUUCUACUGGACAAAUUUGAUUCAGAUUCAGAUGGAUAUUUCAUGGGAACUUUAUUGUUGGAGUCAAAUACCCAUGUGGCAAUCCCCUCCUAAAAGCUGGGCUUGCAAAAUUGGAACGACUUUCUUAUCCCAAAGGUUAUCGCAACCAAUUUAAACAACUUCAAAUCUCUCCGCAAAUGAAGAGAAUGAAAAUCUGGGAGAACUCAAGUGCCAAGAAGAAGUCAAUAGAUUGGGACUGUAAUGUUGGAAUUUGGUUUGUAUUUCAAAACACAAUUUCUCUUUUUCGAACUAUUGCUCAUCUUUAGUCGGUGGCUCUAGAUGGUUUUCUUUUCAUCUUCCUACAUAUAUAAUUC